CUUUGUGAAAGAAAUGAAAACCCGAAUCUUGACAUAUUCACAUUUUUGAUUCUUUCAUCGCCACCAACACUCACUCACCUUUACAACAUUAAUGAUUGAUUGAUUCACCUAACGAUCAAUUAUUUCAUUACUUCGAUUAUUUUGACCCUACUUCAUUCCUUCAUUCAUUUCUUCAUCAAACUUCAUCUUCCUCUCCAUCUCCAUCUUUCUCUUUCUAUCACGCCUUUAGUAUUUUUUUUUUUCACAUUCCCUACGCGAUCGCAAUUCACCAGCGACGACAUUCUCAACAAAGGAUUCGGCCAUCAUAGUAUCCACUCGAAAUUAAUCUCAAGUAUACCUGAUUCAUUUACCUAAUGGCCAUAUCUUGAUCUGGUAUUCGAUACGAUGGCAGCUGCAGAUGUAGAUCUGGGCUACCUGGCUACCCAUCUGGGUAUGCCUCAGGUCAACCUAACAACCGUUGCCACGGAUCCUACCACCGAACUUGUCCAAGCAAUUUUAUCUGCUGUCGCCGCUAAAGGUCACGAAUACGAUGCGCUAUUCACCCAGAAACUUCAGUUGGAAGUCGAACUCGAAACCUCCGUACGUAGCGCCGAAGCUCAACGCGACGCUAGUAACGAGACCGCCAAAAAGGCCCUUAAGGAUGUUGAGGAGCUUCGCCAGAAACUUAAGAAUGAAGAAACCACCCGCCAGAACCUAGAAAACGAGCUGCAGUCCAUCAAGUCAUCCAGUUCAACUUCUCAGUCCGAGAUCGAUAAACUUCGAGCGCGUAUCGCAUCCCUAGAGACUUCGAGCCGAGAGUCGCUCGCGAUUAUCGAUACUAAGAAUUCCGCAAAUGAGGCGUUGUCUCUGGAGCUACAGGCUCAGCAUCAGAAAAAUCUGAAAUUAAGCCAGGAAGUUACAUCUCUGCAGCAAUCUGUGCAGAAUGCGAAUAAUACGGCAAAUAGCUCAAAAUUCAGAGAGCAGUCGCUACAGCAGCAGCUACAGAUGGCCCAGAGUAGCAGUGACUUCUUUGAAAACGAGCUUAAGAAUAAAUCUGCCGAAGCCCUCAAAUACCGAAAAGAGAAAGGCGCCCGCAUCGCCGAACUUCAGCGUCUCAACGACGAUGCUACUUCUAGCAUAGAAUCUCUCAAGCGCACCGAAAAGACCCUUCGCCAGCGCCUCGAUGAAUCACAGAAGAAGGCAGACGACGGCCUUACUAAAAUUCAGCAGUUGCAAGAGGCUGCAGGUCGCCGUGAGGAGGACUACCGACAGGAGGGUGACGGUUUACGACGACUCGUCGAUCUAAAGGAGCAACAAACCUUAGCCUACAAGAAGCGAGUACAGGAAGUCGAAACAAGAGAGGAACAAGUGAAGCGAGAAUGCGAAGAUAGUAUUCGCCGAAUUAGCGAAGAGCUUGCCAGAUCCAAUUCAGACAAAGAAGAACUCUCACAAGCGGUCGAGUCACUUCGUGAUGAAGUCGGCCGUCUAGAAGCUAUGGUCGCGGGAGGUAGUCCUGCGCAGCCUGGUUCUGCACCACAAACUCCAAGGCCAUUAAAUGGAUCGCUCUACCGAUCGGGCUCGCCAUUUGCAACGCCAGGCUCCACGCGAAGAGCGCUUUCUACGACACAGCUAAUGGAAGAUUUCUACAAGAUCAAGGGUCAAUUAAACGCGGAGAAGCUCCGCAGCAGCAAUCUCGCAAAGGAGCUUGAUGAUGUUAUUGACCAACUUGAAGCUAAGCGUCCUGAGCUUGAGGAUCUCCAGGCCGACAAUGAGCGACUUCAACAGGAAAUGAAGACUAUGUCCCAUCUCUCAGACGAGAGCUUCAAAGAGCGUGAUACGGCUAAAAAGGCUGCGCGCAGGGCUGAGGCAGCUGCAGCUGAUGCCGAGAAGCGGAAUACCCUCCUACACUAUGAAGUAAAGAGCCUCAGUGCCCAGAUCCAAAUGCUAACUUUCAAUGUGCACUGUCUCGAAAAGGGCCUGGAUCAACUCACUUCCGACGAACGAUUAAUCCUGCAAAGAUUGGAGAGAGGUCAGAUCAAUGACCAAAUAGGGGACGAAGAAUCAAACGCCCAUACCUCAAUUUUGGAGCGUCUUGUUGUCUUCAAGAAUAUCAAGGAACUUCAAGAGCGGAAUGAACAGCUUCUCCAAGUUACCCACGAACUAGCCGAAAGAAUGGAGAAUGAAGAGGCGGUUGCGGCUAAGAGCCAGGCAAUGGAGGACCAUAAGGAACGUAUCCGCUUGGAGCAGGAAUUGGAAGUUUUCAGUGAUACUCUUCGUGGUUUCCAAAUCAAGACAGAGUCUAUUACUAAGGAGCGGGACAUGUUCCGACGCAUAGUCGAGUCAAGAGCAUCAGCCGAGGAGAUGGCAUCGGCCUUGGGUCGAUCUACACAAGAUGGAGUUCUUGCUAGCAUCGAACACAACUCCGCUGCGAACGACGACACUUCUGAUUACACUACUCUGCUCCGAGAUCUACAGCAGAACUUCGACCUGUACCGAAAUGAACAGUCCUCUGAUCGAAAGACAAUGAAAGAGCAAUUAGAGAAACUGUCUGCUGGAAGGAACUCGCUCCAGGCAGAAGUUUCUAAGCUACAAAGCCAACUCUCACUUGCGUCGGAGCGCUAUGAGAUCCUCCAGUCGAACCUUGCAGCCCUACAAGGCGAAAACAAAGAACUGCAAAAGAGGAACCAAACCAUGUCCGAGUCCGCAGCUAAACAAGAUAUUCGCACACAGCAAGUGGCUGAAGAUCUGGUUGAGGCAAGGGGCUUGCUUGAGAGUAUGCGUAGCGAGAAUGCAAACCUCAAGGCCGAGAAGAAGCUAUGGAAAGAUAUUCAGGAUCGGUUAAGCCAGGAUAAUGAAAGCUUGAUGCAAGAAAAGUCACGCAUGAACGGUCUUCUAGCCACGCAGCAGACUCUUCAGAAUGAGCGUGAACUAAGUGACUCUGAGGCUAAACGACGCCUACAAUCUCAGAUCGAUGCCUUGGAAACGGAUCUUAACACUACUAAGCGUAGAUUGGUAGACGAGGUAGAGGAGGGAAAGAAGGCACAGCUGCGGAAGGAGUACGAUGCUCAGCAGUUCCAGAAGCGGAUUGACGAACUUACAUCAAAUAUGGGCCAAAUCCGAGAGGAGCUUGUCGCUACAAAGACUAGCCGAGAUCAUCUCCAGAGUAGAGUCGAUGAGCUUACGAUUCAGCUUCGAAGUGCAGAGGAACGCGCAGAGAGACUUCAACCACGACCCACCCCGAGACCAGGAUCCAUGGUUCCUAUAUCAGAACAAGGUGCUACGCAAGCUGAUACGGAUGAGCGUAUUCAAGAGCUGAUCCAUGAGGUGGCGGAUCUCAAGCGUGACCUUGAACUCACAAAGUCGCAUCUCGAGAAUGCCCAGACUCAAGUCGAACAAUACAAGCAAUUGAGUCAAUCAUCGGAGGAAGAACUAGAAAGGAUAAACUCCACACAGGAUCAGUACCAACAAGAAAUGGACACAACGAUCUCAGCCAAGGACGCUACCAUCAAGGAACUUGAGCAACGAGUAGAAGAUUUAUCUGCCGAAUUAGCAAGAUCUAACAGCGAAUUGUCAAGUCUGCGCGAUUCCCAAGCAGAGAUUGCGAAGCGUUUUGAAGACGACAAGGCUAUCCUAGAAGAAGAAAUCAAACGUCUUAAGGUCGAGGAGGAAAGACACACGGCGGCUUCACAGUUCCACCAACAAGAUAUUCGUGCGCAAGCUGAGAUAGCAGCCAAUGCGCAACAAGCGUACGAGAUCGAGGUUAUGAAACAUGGCGAAACGGCAAAAUCAUUGUCUAAUCUCCGUGGCGAGUACAACGAGAUAAAGACGUCUGCGGCAACCUGGAAAGCGGAGGCAGAGUCGGCAAAGGCCACGCUGCUACAGAACGAAAGCUCUUGGGAUGACAGGAGACAGCGAUUGGAGCGUGAAAUCUCCGAACUCCGUGCUCGCAGAGAUGAUGCGAAUGGGCAGAAUAAGCUACUCCACCAGCAGCUAGAUGAUGUGACUAAACAAGUCUCGGCCUUACAGCAAAGUCGAAACUCAGCCGAUGAAUCUUUAGAUGCUAUUGCCGCGCAGCCUAGCGGUUCGGAAGCUGACAAAUUCCGAGAAUUGAGCAAUUACCUUCGUCGUGAGAAGGAUAUCUUGGAGGUGCAAUAUGAUCUCAAAGUCCAAGAAGCCAAGAGAUUGCAGCAACAACUUGAAUAUUCACAGUCACAACUUGACGAGGCUAGAUUGAAGCUUGAGCAAGAACGUCGUUCUCAGGGUGAUAGUGACCGAACUACUAUGGCCCAUAAAGAUCUUAUGAGCAAAUUGGAAGAGCUCAAUCUCUUCCGAGAGAGUAGCGCCGCUUUGCGAGCAGAGGCUCGUCAAGCACAGACUCAGUUAACCGAAAAAACUGCCAGGAUUUCCGAAUUAGAGUCAGUAAUUCAACCACUUGAAGCUCAGAUCGAAGAGCUUCAGAGUCAACAAGCUUUCCGAGAAGCCGAAAUGAAGCAACUCCACGAGGAUCGGGAUCGAUGGCAAAAGCGAACGGAAGACAUUCUUUCGAGACAUGGCAGGACCGAUCCAGCAGAAGUCGAAGAGCUUAAACAGAUGGUUGCAAAGCUUGAGUCGGAACGAAAUGCUUUGCAGGAAGCCGAGACAGCUCUUAAGGAUACUGUGCAAAAGCUUGAACAGGAUCUAAAAGAGAAGGAAGCUUCGUGGGCGACGUCAAGAGAGAAGCUAGUUAGCCAGGCGAAGGAACGAUCUAGAACUCUUACCACCGCUAAGACUGAACUAACAACCGAAAGAGACGGGCUACGAACAAAACUAAGCGAAGUUUCGGAACAACUCUCGACAACGCAUAAGGAACUUGAUCUAUCUAAAAAGGCAAGGUCCAGCCUAGAGGAGCAGGUCAACAGCUUCAAACGUCAAGUUGAUGCUCUUCAACAAGAGGCGCAAAGGACUUCUACUACUUCUGCUCCAGUAGAUCCAUCCAACGUCGAGGCCCUUGCCACACUACAGACUCAAUUAACCGAGGUCCGCGCAGAAUUAGACAAUGUUUCGUCACAGAAGGCCACCAUCGAAGGAGAGCUCCAGAGUGCUCGUGAUGAACUCAACUCGGCAAUUAUAGAGCGAGAUCAAGCUAUCGCAGAGGCACAGGCUCGGGUAACAAAUGGCGACACGAUAAUGGAGAAUAGUGCGGCUACUUCAGAAAAGCCAUUGUCCGUAGCGUUAUCUGACAACGAGCGUAAAGCACUCGAGGAGAAGGUCUCGGAAGCUACCGCUAAAGCCGCCGAAUGGGAGGCGAGAGUCAAGGAGCUAGAAGAAAAGCAAGAUCAAAUUGUUAAGACUAGAAGUGAUAAGAUGAAAGAGGCAUUGAAUAAGCGCUUAUCUGAUUAUAAAACUCAGAUGGAAGAAGAACGCGAACAGAUAAAGCGAGAUACGGAGAAGUUGGAGUCCGAUUUCAAGUUACGCAUGGAACAGGAACGAAAGAUUUGGGAGGCGGAGCAUUCUAAUGGACCGAAACCACCCGCUACCCCUGCCCGACAGCACCCCUCAGAAACCCCUGCUGGGACCCCUACAGCCCUAGCGGGUGACUUGAAUGGGCUGAAUGAUAAAGAGAUCAGGGAUCUCGUGUCCAAUAACGCUACGAUCAAGAGUAUUAUUCAGAAUAACAUUAAGAAUAAGCUCGCGAUCGAGACAAAGAAAGUACGGGAAGAGCAGGAGACGCUAAAGGCGGAAUGGGAGCAGAAAGUUGUUCAGGCGCGGGAACAGGCUACUCAGCUAGCUACGUCAAAGAGUAACCUCAAGCUCAACAUGGCGGACAAGAGAGCCCAGAUAGCUAGCGCUAAGUUAGCUGUUGUGGAAACCGCAGCGAAGGAAACACCACAGCAACCUGUUGGAGAGGUAUGGGAAGUUGCGAAAAAUGCAAAGCCACCACCACCACCUCCUAAACCAGCCACUACGGAACCGCCUGCUACCCCAGCAACAGGCAACUCUCUACCUGCUCCUAAUGCCCAAUCCACAAGUACCAAUACGACUGCACAAGAGACGAAAGCCAUUCCCACCAGUAUACCCAAACUAGGCAUGCCAAGUAACAUACCAGCGGCGAACAACCCCUUCGCAAAUACCAAACAAGAGCAAUCACAGUCGGCACCUACAGUUCCAAACCCUUUUGCUCAGAGUUUACAACAAACCGCGCCCCAAUCAGGACCAACCGCGACGCAGCCAUUCAGUCAAUCUAUGACGGCAUCGCAGAUUCCAACCAAGGCUACCGGCCUUCCAAUGCCGACAGCGGGCACUCGUAAGCCGGGUGGUCCCAACCAGACACGCGGUGGUGCGCGUGGUGGAGGCAACGCAAACCGUGGAGGUCGUGGAGGCGCACAAGGUCGGGCCAGUCUCAAUCCUGCAGUAGACAAUUUCCAACCCGGAAACAAACGUCCUCGGGGUGACUCGGAAAUAAGCAAUAAUGCGAAGAGAGUACGGGGUGGCGGCCCGCACUAGAAUCGCAGCCGACACUACUAGGCAUCGAACUUCCAUAUGAAGAGGUGUUGGGAAACCGACAGACAUUUACGCUCAUAUUUGUACAUCACUGGCUAUGGAUUACAUUUAAUGCAUGUCCCGCGCUACGAAGGAAGGGCAUCGGGCUUUCGUUGCUUGCUAUGUUAUUUUUCCGGUUGGAAUUGAGGUUGACCUGGUCAAGGUCGGAAAACAAUGGUGUUUUGCAUUUGUUAUUGUAGUUUCAAUCCAUAAGGUGCAUGAAUGGUACGCAUCAUCUCUUUUGUGCAAGAUUCCCCUGUGCUCUCAAUGUUGUGGAUGUAAUGACUGUUAUGCUUUAUUCUAUGAAAGGCCUGACCUGUACGAAGAUUCGGGUCAAAAAUUU